AUCCGUAGAUCGCCCCGCGGAUCCCGGACCCUCGGAACCGGCACGCGAGCUGCUAUAUCGCUCUCGAGUUGCUCUCGAACGAGAGUGAAAGCGCGAGUGGUGUUGGUAGCGGCCGCUUCGCAUCUCGCUCCUUAUCGCUAGAUCCCCCCAUUCGGAAACUGUGACUCGUGACUCGUCCAAGAUUCGUCCCGCUGCGAAUUAAUAUUGAGAUUUACGUCGGUUAUUGUCCUCUGUGUCCUACGAGGCUCUCGCGAGCGUGUCCUCCGCCUCCUCGGUGGAAUUGUGGGGGCUGUGCCACCGUUGAUCUAGAUCACGUCGUCGCUCUUCGGAGCUCGCCGUCGAUCGGAUCCCGUCGAUUCGUCUGUCGCGCCGCGAGGUUCUCGCGAGGAGCCACGUGCGGUGCGCGCGAAUGGGGGGGAAAACGAGCUUAUCGCAAAUCUGAGAAGUCGUCGGUGACACAUGACGACCUGUGAAGUUCCCAGUGAAUAUAUGGCAGCGUCCACAGUGGUGGAUCGUCAUGAGAUCGUCGGGGGAACCUCCCCGGAUGUUGCCGAACGCGUUCUUCCCAUGAACGUCUGCCCGCCGAGCAGCUUCCCGGACAAGUUUCAGGACUUCUUCGCGGCGCUCACCGAGGACGGCGACGAUCUGCCCAGUAUGCUCGAAGACAAGCUCAUACCGAGGAAGCCGGAGCACGGCACGAGCGUCGACGCGAAAACCCGGCGCUGGAGCAAAAGGGCUUUCCAGAGGCGGAGCAGCGAGGUCGAGGUCCGACUCCAUCAUACCUCGCUGUCCGGAUCUCAGGGUCACAGCUGCGUGGACGGGCCGAAGUCGCCGACCCCCUCGAGGCGCAGAAGCUCCAGCAUCGCGGUCGCCAGACCCACGCCGGACUUACACAGAUUUCUGCAAGCGGAGGCCGGUCCCUGGGGUCACCUGUCGCCCUCGCCUAGGAGCCCGACCAGAACGCCGGCCUUGAGUCCCGGUGCCGUGUCGUCGUCGUCCCAUCUGAGCGCGAGCGCGAGUCCGAGCGGACCCAGUCCGACGAGUCCUUCCGGUUCGGCUAGCCUGGCAUCCGGGAUUCGUGGAGGCUCCGGACCCAGGCAGUAUCGCAGUAGAACGAGCAGCAUGCCGGCGGUCCCGCGUCACAGGCCGAUGCUGGCCGAAACGAGACGCGGGGGUGGCGUGGCGGGGGGCGAGGAGAGCGAGAUCGAGGACGGGGUGGAAUAUUACAGGCUCCGGUCUUUCUCCAUAACGGCGAACGGGGUGUACAACUUGGGCGACUCGUUGAAGACACGCCGCAGCAGGAGCAUCAACAGCGUUACCUCCUCCACUAGCUGCAGCAGCACCCGGGAGGGUAGAUUACUCAGCUCGGCCUCGCAGCUCUCUGGCAUAGAGGCGGAAGAGGAAGCCGGCAACGAGAGGGUGGCGACGUACAAAGUGGGCAUGCUGGGUGCGUCGGAAGUCGGGAAAACCGCCCUAACUGCACAAUUCACUACGAGCGACUACAUUUGCGCUUACGACGCCUCUCUCGACGAGGAGUACGGACAGAAGAACGUAUCCGUGAUGAUCGACGGGCAGGAGACGGAAUUGGAGAUCAUUGAUCACCCCGCCUCAGAGAUGUCAGUCGAGACAUUUUGUUCAACUUACAAUCCGGACGUGUACGUGGUGGUGUACUCGGUGGUGGACAGAAGAAGCUUAAAGGUGGCCGAGGAGACGCUGCUCUAUUUGUGGAAGAGCGAUUACAUGGCGAGCCACGGUGUCAUCCUAGUCGGUAAUAAAGUGGACCUCGAGAGGAAGCGGGAGGUCCCGUCGGUGGUUGGCCGUCGUUUGGCGAACAGUUGCGGUUGCAAAUUCAUCGAGACCUCGUCGGGUUUGGCUCAUCACGUGGACGAGCUCCUGGUCGGCAUUCUGGCACAGAUCAAGCUGAACCCGCAGCGCAGCCGGGACCAGGCGACCAGACGCCGUCGUAGCAAGCACCGCAGGCGGAUCCUGAAGCACUUGCUCGGUUUCAAGAGGAAAACCAAGAGCUGCGAGAACCUCUUCGUUCUCUAACGUUCUCCUCGUACAGCGCGUCCCUUGUACGGCGCAAGAAAGAAAAGUGAUUUCAUCGGCUAUCGAUCACCCGAGCAUGUCGCGCCUUGGUCCGCGAAUACGUGCGCUAUCUUCGCAAAUAGGUGAGGAUUGUGCGACGUAGGCGAGAAAACGUCUAUCUGAUCUAGGAGGCCACGCGACGAAUCGGUAACGCGAGGCACACAACUGCGAAGAAUAUCGAGCAGAUUCUCCGAGUGCCAGGCGCAAAUUGAAAUACAAAGAAAUUCACGCCCCUGCUAAAUACCGAUGGCGCGCGAAGGAAACUAGACCGUAGUCUUGGUAUUCGCGCGCAAGAAAAAAAGACUAUGUUCUAUUCAACUCGAAUCUUUAUUGUCGAAGCGCAGCGCAAGUUUGUCGCCGCUCUCGUGCGCAAAUAAUUCAAAUCGGGAGAAAUUAACUCUUUCACGUCCGGUGGAAUACAUGUCUCGGCGUUAGAAAAAUCUUCUCUCUGGUAAAGAUUGAGUCAUUGAAGUUAAAUGGGGCCCACUUUAAAGGAAAUUUUAAUAAAAGCUAUUGUGGUAAAUGCUAUCAUGAAAUAUGUAAAAAUUAUUUUCCUAGUAAGACCGAGAGGUUUUCUGAAUUAUGAAAGGUUUAACACAGUGUACAGUGUUAUCCUCGCUCAAAUAAGAUUUUAAUAAUAUAAAUUUCUGAUAAUAUUUAUAUACAAGGUGUAAAUGAAACUCUCGCGAAGUUCUUAUAUCUCAAUGAUACAGGAACAAAAUAGUGCUGUUGCUUAAUACUUGCGGACACAAAUUAGACUGAAAAUGUCUGGACUUUAUUACACAGUUCUCAUCAAUGUUAUAUCUGCUUUACGAAUUCAUGUUUUUAUAUUUUGCGAUUCUGAAAAUGUUUCGAUACAAAUUUAUUAAAAUAAAAACGCUUUAGUUUUUACAUGCGCGAUAUUAGAUCUGCUACUUUGAAUUUUUACGUUUAAUCCCAUUUUUGUAUUCAGCGACAUCAGUGAAACCUUCAAAUAUAAUUAAAACACAGAGGUAUGUUUCUCAUUAAAAAAAGUCAAGCCUGAAAGGAUUAAGGAGCUUAACUUAUUCAGACUGUCCGUUCGGCGAAAAAAUUAAAUUUUGUAUAAUAAAUUAAUAAUUUUAAACACAUUUUUUCUUUCUCUGAAGGACGGAAUAAAAAGCGCAUUUUGAUGUUAUUAAAUUUAUACAAUUUUAUAUCUGGAAAGUUAGGAAAUAAGAACAAAUCUUCAAUUUCUUUAUAUUUUCUGCAUAAAAUGUUCGUCACUAAAACAGUCUCUAUGCAAUAUAACAUUAGAAGAACUGAUCUAAAGCACGAAAUUAAAAUAUUUUUUAGAUAUAUUUUUUUAAACCUAGUGGAGCUUAACAUUCUGGCUUUUCACAAAUAUGACCUUUCGAAAAGAAGAAUUAGUUGAAAAAGUUGGAGAAAGAUUAUAAUGCCAUUAAAAUGCUAGAAACGUUAAAAUCUCCCUUUAUCAAGUCUCUGUAAACAGUACAUAUAUAAAAGAAAGAUAUUUGGGUUUUGUGUUUCAGAUCAAGCGUUUGGAAUUUACACAGACAUAGUCUCGAGACGCAAAGUUUUGCAGCGGCAAAUAUUUUAUGUGGCAGAUAGAAAUUGAAAAAUGUUGUUCUGAAUUUACAGUCUUUUAUAGAUACGAGAUUGUAUAAAUAAAUUCAUUUUUAAUGUCAAAA